AUGGCCCGGGUGGCGAAAAUGGUCUCAAGGACCGUGGCGCUAUUCCAGCGUGCCAGGAGGGCUUUGGAAUCUCGAUGGCAAAAUAUGGAACCACGGGAAUUCUCCACUCUGGUUUUUCGGCUGUGCUUGAUCAUCUCGGCAAUUCUUGGAGGCAUGGCCGUCUACCAGCGUACAAUCAACAUGUGGUCAAUGAAAAACAUUGGCGAUACGUUUCUGCGAAAAGAGAUAGGAUCUAGGCAGAUCGUACUUGGUGCAUUUUUCCGCGAAAAAAGUGAGCAGAACCUGGAAGGAAAAUAUGCGAUAAUUCACUUUCUGGGCGAUGGUCGGUUGGAACAUCCACUUUAUUGCCACACACCGAUGGCUAACGGCGAAACCCUAACGACUAGAGCACACGUUCAACGGAUACACCGUGGUAAGCGAGCAGCCAACGAUAUUUGCGCUUGGGCCGGUCACAUCGCCGAAUGUGAAGUCGAAGUGCAUACACAUCAUGAAAUGCGCAUUGGCACAUCGCCAGACCCCCUUGAAUCGAUGCUCAUCAAGCCGGAAAUUCCGAUUCACACCAAAAAGAAGGCGGAGCUUGUCGUAUGCAUGGCACCGAUGUAUAUCUAUGUCGAAUGGGAGAUCCUUUUGCUAGGCCUCGAGACCUGGAUUGCAAUGGGUGCUGAGAAAAUCAUCGUUCCUGUUCAAUCAGCAUCAACCACCGCCUAUGCUAUUUUGAAGCAAUAUGAGAAACAGGGCAUCGUCGAAAUUCGAGAUUGGCCAAAAUGGCCCGUGCUCUCCGAUGUGAACCCGAAUGGGCUUGUGCUGUCGCGUGGCAUCGAAGAAUCGCAUGUUAACUGCCUGUUCUAUGUUAAACCGUUCGCUGAUAUGGCUGUAUUCACCGAUAUUGACGAUUUUUACCUUCCACCGGAUCCAUCGAAGGUGGUACCCGGCGGGACUCCAGCUGCGUUCAGGGAACUUUUCUACGAACACCCUCAAGCUGGCAGUUUAUUGUUCGAGCACAGAGAUGUUCAGCUUCGACUCCCAGAAGAAGCCGCCAAAUCACUAGACACUUUCAAUUUUGAUUUCCUAAAGAGUACGAACUACAAGCAGAAUUGCGCUGUAUGGCGCAUGAAGACACGUGUGUUGGUUAAUGCCAGUCGCGUUGACAGCGUGAACAUGCACGAAACGGGUAUCCAUCGAUUUGGCUACGUUCAGGUGCGAGUUCCAUGUAGAAGAGGGCAUUUUUAUCAUAUGCGCCACAGUCAUCGAGCAGUCCCUAACGCGGCUGCAAUCGAGAUGGAACCACUGAUGAAUAUUUUGGAUGGCGCCUGGAAGACGAGGCUUUCUACCACUUUGAGUGAGAUUGCUAGCGCCCCGCUGAGCUCGUCCUCGACAAAAUCGUUCGAAGAUUUUGACAAAUGCAUGGGAGCCAUUAACGAAGAGCAUUGGACGAUGAGUGUAUCGCGUUGUCUUACACCUCACGUUUGCUACAGUAGAGUCAAGCGGGAUGUCAAAUGCGUUGCAGCAAACACCAACUAUUCCUUCCAUUUUUCGGCCAGUUCUGCUUCUUAUAUCAUUACCUCCAGCAACCAUACAAUCAGUGAAGCCGAAUCGAACUGUGAAGCUCCUCAACCAACAUUCACCAGUGGCAAUCACUAUUAUAUUCCG